GAUAUCUGGGCUGGCUCGGCCUCAAAUCAAGUGCAAAUUGGCAUUAUUAUGAUGGGAAUUCUCAUGACAUGUACUUUUGUUUUGUACGUCACAUCCACCAAGUGCGAUUAAUCAGCCAAGCGAACACACAGAGGUCUAGGAAGAACAACCCAAUGGGAAAAGUUGAUGACGUGACUUGCUUGAUCCUUUCUUUCAUUUGAUUUUCUCCCCAUUGCGUACCUGCCAAUCGAUAAAGCGCCGAAAUGGCUCCCGUGAGUCGUCAUCAUGGCGAUGGCAGUCUGUGGAAUGCUCCGGAUCCGCCGGAUCCGGAUCGCUUAUUUGAGCAGCACUCGGUUGAGGAAUUGACCGCCAUUCACCGAUCCUUGCGUCAACAAAUGGAGGGCAAACGCGAGGAGCUCCGAACCAUGGUGGGUGAACGCUACCGAGACUUGAUCGAGGCGGCCGACACCAUCAACACCAUGAAAACCGGCGCUCGCCACACCAUUCAGACCAUUCAGGACUUGAUGGUCAAAUCCAAGGCCAUGAGCCACACGGCCUCGUUGAGUACGGACAGAUCGGCGGUGAAUCCGCAGAAUGUUCCCUACUUGACCUUGGCGGCUGAGAUCAAAUGCCUCAUGAUGUGUCCCGAGAAAAUCUGGACCCAAGUGGACCAACGGGAUUACUUACAGGCCUCGCAGCUCUACCUAUUCGCCAGACACACCCAUACGGGUCUGACCAUGGACCAGGGGGGGCAUUUCAGCGCCCAACACGUGGCCAAUGUGUUUCCUGUAGUGGGGCGCCAAUGGGCUUCCAUUGCUCAUUUCCGGGAUGCCAUCCUGCAAGGGGCCAAAUCCACCUUGAUCCGGACUGAUUCCACUCCGGAGGCGUGUAUUGGCGCCAUGUUAUCCCGAGCGUUGAUUCAAGGCUUUUCGGCCUCGGACUUGUUUGAAGAGUUCCUUCAAUUGAGGAAAGCGGAUUUUAAGCAAUAUUUGCAGGAAGAGCAUCAAAGUGAAACGGCCAAAGGUCUCAUGGCCCGAUCGUUGGGAUUGAUUCUCUCCACACUGACCGUUAUUCAUCAGGCUUUUCGGGCCGAAGAGGGUGUAACUCUGGCCUCCCAAGCUCAGAGUAUGCAGAAACCCACUUUGGACACGUUUGAGACCAAGUUAUCGCCCGUUUUGAAGUACCUCCCUCCUAUUGUGAGUGGAUUCAAACCCAGCCUGAUUCAGCCUUUGAAGCCCUUGGAGACGGACUACGUUCAAUCGAAGCUUAGAACGUGGCUGGAUGAGAUCCAUGAGCUGGUCAACCCCGAGAUCAAGCAAGUUAUGAGCCACAUCAGUGGGAUUGGCUCCUUAAUCUCCAUCCGCCGGAGUGUCUACGAACUCCUCCUGUCCAAAGAUCCCAAGUGUUGGGAUCAAGUGUGCCGAUCACUACUGGGGAAGGAGCUCAAUCUGUGGGACGAGUUCUUCCGUAGCGUCUUCCGUGAGCGAAUAGAAGCCCUUAUCGCGUCUCAGAUUGCCGGAAGCGUUUAUUGUGUCCAAUCCACCUUAUCCGGACUCACUGACCUGAACUCUGAGAGUGACUUGUCGGCCUUCCUGUGGUCUGAGAGCCAAGUGUCCGAAAUUGGCCUGUUAGCUUCCGGUCCUGGUGCCAAGAGCAAGGAUGGAUCAGUCCGACUGACUGGCCUCGAGCUCAAAGCUAGAGGCUAUUCUCCUCGAGUGUUGGAUUUGUGUGAGCAGUUUGAUGGGAUGCUGAAGAGAUUGUUGCAAGAUGUGAAGCUCCUAAUUGAGGAUCAGCUUUCGAAAGAGGUGGAAAAAGCUUCGCCAUUGGAGAUGCCGGCGCUUUUCCUGGAUAAGCUAACAAAUGAAUCCGUCAAGGAACCAUUCUUGGCCCAGGCAGAUAAUGAGGCUAUUCUCUUGUUUCUAGAGCAAAGUGUACAAGAGCAUCUGGAUGGAAUGAUCACCCACAUUGGUGAGAAGUAUUUGAGUCAGGAUCAGAGAGGACUCUGCGUGUUUUUGGCCAGAUUCUACCAAGCUCUUCCUGAAAUCAGUCCCAAUCUGGAAAAAUCAGUGCUAGCCUCCAAAACUUUGGCCCCAGUCAAAGAAGCCCCAUUUGAACCCAUUCAAGCGAGGAAAACGCUAAAAGUGGAUCCUCAAUGGGGGGAUGUAAAAGAAAAACUGGAACUGGAGAGCUGCCGAAUCUUUCGAUUCUGGAUCACAGCCUUGAUGAUUGACUUGAAAUCAGCCCUGAGUCUCGCGCUUCGAACCAAUCAAGACCCGCGCCUUCUGCACAUUUUUGGCGCUUGGGAAACCAUCGAGAUAUCUGAGCAAGGUGAAGAGAGUGAACCAGUCAAGUCCACCAUCAAAGUUCCUCAAGCACCAUCCAUUGCAUUUAUUUGUGCUCUUGGAGAGUUCUGUCAUCAUGUGUACAAUAUUGCGCCUUACUCUCUGCCCACGCCCGUUCAAAUGGCACUCUCACAAGAACCGUGCAAAGUCGUGACCAGUGUGUAUACCCACCUAGUCGAUCAAGAACGCCUUAACCAGAAUGUAGCUCUUCAACUUCUUUUCGAUCUUCAAUUCAUGAAGGCUGCCAUCAUAAGCACGGACAAUAAACCCACCCAAGAGCUCGCAGAGGAGAUCAUUCAGAAAUUGGAAGCCAAUCAUAUUGAUCCUUUCGACCUCCGUGUGUUCCUCCCCUACAUCAGUGUCAACGUAAAGAAGAGCAUCUUGAAGGAACAAGGUCUCUUGAGCGUGCUCAUUCCGAACGAUCGCUUCACGCUCAUGGCUUCCAUGAAAUCGUCUUUACCCCCUCCAAGCUCGUUGUCCAAUCAAGAAAACCAUAACCUUAUGUGGACCAUCCCGCCCAAGAAAGAGAAGAUUCCUCUGAUCCCCAUCCCUAAGAGAAUGAAACCAGAGUCCCAAAUGAGCUCACUGCUCAGCGCUCAGGAUGGAAACAUGACCGGACAUGGACCUCGAUCUGUGUCACCUGUUCUUGGUCGGCGGAAACGCGAUAAGUCUCCCGUGGCUCGAGCGGCAGGCAGCUUUUUCGAGGCCAUGAGUACGAGCUGGUUUGGGAGCAAAUAAAGAAGUUAAUGUGAUCGCGAAAUUUUAAAUACGAUUUUGUUUGUGUUAUUAAAGGAGUGACGAGAUUACCGUGGUUAAGUUACAGCGGAUGUUUUAAUAAUUUUUUGAUUGUUACAG